UGCCACCCCCACACCACUACACUACACUAUUACUAUUACACCCCCCCCAAUUCCUUCUUUACAACGAAUCUUGUUGUGUCAUUAUUCAGACCAGUAAUUCUCCUCCAAGAAUCUCACAACACAUAUCUCCAUUUCUUCUUCCCGAACCCAUUGAUCUGUUCCACUCGAUCAUAUCUCUGUAAGCCUCUUAAUUACUUUGCUACCUUUGUUCAUAAAUACACAUCUGGGUUUUUCUCUUUUUCAAGAUUUUCUUGUCAAAUGUAGCUCUACUCUGAAUCUUAGUUAACGGGUAGAUAUGAUGUGCAGUACUAUAUCUCUGUACACCUUGUAGUAAGUAACAAGCUGGUAAGUUUAGCAUUAUUAUCGAAGAAGAGGAAAAAAAAAACCGAAAUAAAUUUCAAGAAUGGUGUUUUGGGAAGGGUAUGUGAGCGAUGAAUCGAUGGGUACAUUUGCCCCACUAGUGGUGUACUGGCUGUACGCGGGUUUUUAUCAGCUACUCCCUCCUCUAGAUAAGUACAGGCUGCACACGAAAACCGAAGAAAACGAUAGAAAUUUGGUGCCUUUGAGAUCUGUUGUCAAAGGUGUUCUUCUUCAACAAUUCGUUCAAGCCGUUGUUGCGGAAUUGCUCUUCUUGGUAACUUCUAACGGUAGCUCUUCCGAGCUCACAGUACAACCCUCUCUCCCGAUCCAAGCCCUGCAAUUCAUAACCGCCAUGCUAGUAAUGGACACGUGGCAGUACUUUGUGCAUCGAUACAUGCACCAAAACAAGUUCUUGUACCGACACAUCCACUCUCAGCACCAUAGGCUAGUUGUACCUUAUGCUAUAGGGGCAUUGUACAAUCACCCACUCGAAGGCCUUUUAUUGGACACGUUCGGUGGGGCUAUAUCGUUUCUCGUAUCUGGAAUGACUGCAAGAACUGCCGUUUUCUUCUUCUGUUUCGCAGUUAUCAAAACGGUUGACGACCAUUGUGGGCUGUGGCUGCCUGGUAAUAUUUUCCAAAUGUUUUUCCAAAACAAUACCGCUUAUCACGAUAUUCACCAUCAGCUCCAAGGCACGAAAUUCAACUACUCUCAACCGUUUUUUUCUAUAUGGGAUAAAUUGCUCGGGACUUAUGUACCGUAUACUCUUGUGAAACGGGCUGAAGGGGGUUUUGAGGCGAGGCUGAAAAAGGACUAGUGCCAGGUCGACUUUUUGCUUGUGCCACUCCCGCGAGAGUUGCGUAGGUUCUUUAGUUGGAAGCCUUUGUAUGUUAGAGGGAGUGAAAAUUGUGGCUUCUUUUCGAGAUUUUUUUUCUGUGCCGAGUUAUGACCGUUGGGUGUGUAGUUUAUUUGUCAUAUUUAUUCAUUAACUGGCCAAUGAUUUUGUUCAGUGGUAUCUAUCUUAUUUAUUGUUA